UGUAACCAUAAAAGAGAAGGAACAUCACAACACUUAAUAAAUUGGUUCACUCCUUCGAGAAUUCUCCUUUUUACAUUGUUAAGUAAGAUGGCUACAACAAUCAGCACUCAGCGAGGACAGGUGUACAUUGGUGAGUUGCCUCAGGACUUCCUAAGGAUCACUCCCACCCAACAACAGCAGCAGGUGCAGAUGGAUGCUCAGGCAGCACAGCAGUUGCAGUAUGGAGGCUCAAUUGGAACAGUUGGCAGACUGAGCAUCACUGUGGUCCAGGCAAAGCUUGCCAAAAACUAUGGCAUGACGCGCAUGGACCCUUAUUGUAGGAUUCGACUUGGGUAUGCUGUGUAUGAGACUCCCACUGCUCACAACGGUGCAAAGAAUCCCCGCUGGAACAAAAUUAUCCAAUGCACUGUCCCACCUGGAGUGGACUCCUUCUACUUAGAGAUUUUUGAUGAGAGGGCGUUUUCUAUGGACGACCGCAUUGCAUGGACACAUGUGACCAUCCCUGAGAGCUUGAGGGAGGGCAGCGUGGUGGACGAAUGGUUUAGCCUAAGCGGCAGACAGGGGGAUGAUAAGGAGGGCAUGAUCAAUCUUGUCAUGUCCUACACUUCUCUGCCAGCAGGGAUGAUGAUGGCAUCACAGCCUGUGGUCCUAAUGCCUACCGUGUACCAGCAGGGUGUUGGCUAUGUGCCCAUUGCAGGUGUACCAGGUGUCUAUAACCAGGGUGUGGUGCCCAUGGGGAUGCCUGCAGUUCCUACUGCCAUACCUCACAAUACCCCCUGUAGCGAGGAGGAUCUGAAGGCCCUUCAUGACAUGUUCCCCAACCUGGAUAAGGAAGUGAUCCGCACAGUGUUGGAGGCUCAACAGGGUAACAAGGACGCUGCCAUUAACUCCCUCUUGCAGAUGGCUGAGGAGGUGUAACCUCCUGGCUGUCCCAGACUGGAGAGAUCUAGAAAACCAACAUUUGUCCACCACACCAUCAUCUUGUAAACAUGUACCCCAGUCCACAGGCUAUGCUUUACGGUUCCCAAAAUGCAUUGCUUGUCCCCAAAGUCAGGACAGUGGACAGCUUCCCCCAGUGUGAUUAUAUAACUUUUUAUUUGCCAUUUGUGAGUUAGAUAGUAUGUAGGUUUCUGCGUUUUGGCCGCAUGUGUCUGCGGAUUUGGCCAUGUUUUCACUGAACCCUCCAGUCUGUCUUGUAUAUGUCUGUCCUGUAUAUGUCUGUUUUGUGUUUAAAAUGUGCUUUUAUCUGUAUAAAUAUAGCUAUAUAUAUUUAAAGGACUAUAAUUUAUUUUGAGGAUGAUUAAAAUUAUAUUAAAAGCUGUCACAUUUUAGAGAUGGCAUGGGCAGUGGGAAAUUUUAAAAUGAUACAGACAAUGAUUUAACAGUUCAAUGUUAGAACUUUUUUCAAAUGGCCAUCAUAUUAUAUGCUGGUUGUUCACCUAAUAUUGCUUUAAAGGUAUGCAUUUAUAUAUUGCUCUACCUAGAUUCACAACUAUAUUACUAUACACACCCUCUGACACAUUCAGUAGUAUCGGUAAUUAAACUUUAGUGUAAACACUGCUUUCGAUUUAUAAACAAGCACCAAGUCCUGUACCCAACAGAUACAUAAUUUCAUCUUAACUUAAGAUCAUCUCAGAAUCCUGUUAGAUAUUCACACUUGGAUCCAUAUAGUUUAUAGCAUCAAUUAAAAUGUUCAACAUACUCAUGUGACAUUAUAUCUUUAUCUUAAUUUAGAGAGUUGGAUAUGGGAUUACAGGUGGUGGUCUGAACAAAUGUAGCCAGAGUUGUCUCAUAGGAGGUGUCCUAUGAACCUAUGAAGGUGCGUUCAAGUGAGAUGGCUUAAUUUAAGGCUGUCUGAACUUAACCAUGAUUUAAGCCCACGGCUACCUUUAAUUCUGGAUUUAGCUAGUGCUUAUGUUAAAAACCUGCCAAAAUAAUUUGGAAAUCCUGAUUUUUGUGUGUUUAUCUAUUUUUAUUAACCAAAAUUCUUCUGCUCAGCUUUUACCUAUACCAACAGUCCCAGGUAUACAAGCUAGACACUGUUUAGUGAUAAUGUUGCUUGUGGUGGUCAAUGUCAGAGUACAUUUAUUUCUAUGGCUUGUUUACAUAUGUGAAAUUGAUUUCUUGCAAAAUGCCAAAGGUGAUAAAAUUAUUGUGUGAAGAAAAAUUCUAUAAUAAUUCCAUGUUGAUUUCUAUAAAUGUUUAUUUUAAAGGAGGAUUUUGAUUUCAGAAAUGAUUCCAUGUUCUUUGGAAGUUAUGUAAGACAGCAAAAACAUUGUCUCUCUGAAAUGCAACUCACUACACACAUCUUAUGUCCAAGUGGUGACCGUGGCCAUAUUAAUGAAAAACAGAAUGCAAAUCUUGUUUUGAUAUUUCUCUCUCUCUCUCUCUCUCUCUCUCUCUCUCUCUCUCUCUCUCUCUCUCUCUCACACACACACACACAUGCACCCUUUUUUUUAAUUAUUACACAAGAGUAAUUUGUAGUAAUUGACUUGGUAGUCCAACUAAAUUAAACUUUCAAGGUGAUGGAUAUGGAUUUUUAUCCAUCUAUAUUCUCACUGAAAUGCAUUGUAGUAUGGGACAUUUAGAGCUGUUUACUAUUUUCCUAAUGUCACAUGCAGUUGUCCUCAACUAUGGGUUGUUAAGUGGUCACAUCAAUACAACGGCCUGGUGCCUCGGACCAUAAGCAAAAUUACAAUAUAUUUAGCAACCCCUGAUGAAGGUACUCACUUGCAUUAACAAGUAAUUAUGUAAUGUUGGCUCGGGUCAAAGAAAUGUUGUUAGGCUGUUCAGCACUUUACUCUUUCAGAGCCAGAAAUGUAUGAUUUUACUUCUCUAAGUUUCUGUUGAACAGUACACAUGAGAAUAAAUAAAAUAAACUUCUUGGAUGUGG